AUGGAUCGAUCGACGCGAAUGAACGUUGGCUAUGCGUUUGUAAAUUUUAUCAGUCCGGAUGUAUUCAGGAUGUGCCAAGCCACGCUGGAGGGCAAAAGGUUUCUUGACAAAGAAGACUGCGACAAGCGCAGAAGCAGGAAACCGAUCAUCGUCUCUGCGGCUCACGUACAGGGACUGCAAGAGAACGAAAGACACUUCAAG